AUGGCCUAUGUAAAUCGUCGUCAGACGUGCAUGGGAUUUACAGAGAAUCGUUGUGCAUUCGGGUUAGACGUGGCUGAUGUUGCAUCUAGUGUGUGGCUUGUAACGACAAGGGUCGCUGAUGUGGUUGCACACACUAGCAUCACCGCCCAGGGUCUCGGAGACGGCUCCUCCAACGAGAUGAAGUGUGCUACUGUGCAGCCAGUCUCAAAAUUGCUAGGCGCUGGGCUUGUAGACAUGGACCACCUGGCGAACGACAUCGCACACAAUCCUUCAAAGCGACAGAUUGUGCGUUGCCACCGCGGCGCACGGUCGAGAUCAAGUCAGACGGUGAUGCACAGAACUGUCAAAGUCGAGACUCUAAGUCGAGGUCCAGUAUCGAACUCAAUGGCUUUGGACGACGGUCUCUGUAGCUCGGGCAUUCUGAACCGAGCAAGCACUGACGUUGAGAGUUGUCGGCCCGACUACACUAAGCGGAAUCUGGCUCUGGUUGCGAAGAAACGAGGCUUCGACCUUUGA